GUAGAAAACCAAAAAAUUUCUAUUCCUGAAAACCAAUAUCACUUGAUGAAGAAAAGUAUUUCCUUGAGGGAGUUUUCCACAACCCCUACGGUAUCCUACAUGCUUAGCAAGGAUGGACACAAUUUAGCCACCUCACUUCACAAUCUCCAGGCGCAGCAAAUAAAGGCACCUACUUCCCAACCACCAAAGGAUCCACCAAAGCAGAAGCCAGCCGAUAAUAAUGAUGUCAUGUAUGAAAUGGAGUAGAUGUUUACAUAAGCAUCAUCUAUUCACAUAGAUAGAUAGAAGAAUUAUAUAUAAGAAGAUAUCUGAAGAUUAAAAGGGCUUGAUUAAAAAUCCAGUUUAUUUGUGUAUUAUUUUAAAAUAUUAGUUGAUUAUUUUUAUUAUUGAUCGAGUAUUGUGAAAAUUUUUCUUGUUGUUCUAUUUUACUCCUUUAUUGGUAUUCUUGUUUCUCAAGUGCUGUUAAUUUUUAUCAGAGUAUUUAUAAAAAGUAUAUUAUUUAUAUCUAGUCACGAAUAUUAUCUCAUGUCGAAUCCACUAAAUUCGCUCCAAUUAAAUCCGACCACAAACUUGUGGAGAAAUAAUAAAAAAGAGAAA